UUAGAAUUAAUUUUGACGUAUUCACUUUAAUUAAAAAAAAAAUUUGUAAAUUAUUUUCAAAUAACCAACAAUUUGAAAAAAAAUAUAUAUUAACAUAAAAAAUGGGCUAUAAUUGCGAAGAUUUAUCGUGGACAGAAGCCAAAGAGUUAUUUCGAGUUUGGCGUGACGACAAUGAACGUCGAAGUGAGGAUAUUAUUGAGCUAUGGGAGAAUGUCUUGGAAGACAAAGUUAAUAAAUUAGGAAAUGAAAAAUUCGUAAUUUUGGAACAAGUGGUUAUUGCCGCAUUAGAUUGUCAUCGUAUUUCUUUAGCCGAACAUUGUAUCGUACAAUUAUCUCUACAAUUUCCACGUAGCUUACGUGUAUUGAAAUUGAAAGCGAUGAUUUUGGAAGCACAAGAACGUUACGAUCAAGCAUUGGAACUAUUAGAUACAAUUAUUAAACGAGAUGAAACAAAUAGUGGGCCACGUAAGCGUAGAAUAGCGAUUUUAGAGGCUAGAGGUCGAAUUCCAGAGGCUAUUAAAGAAUUAACGGAGUAUUUAAAAAGAUUUAUGUCAGAUCAAGAAGGUUGGCAUGAAUUAUGCAAUUUAUAUUUACAAGAACAAGAUUACGCAAAAGCUGCAUUCUGUAUGGAGGAAUUAGUUUUACAUCAUCCACAUAAUCAUUUGGUGCAUCAACGUUUGGCAGAAAUUAAAUAUACGCAAGGUGGACAUGAGAAUAUGGAAAUUGCACGUGCUUAUUUCUUACAAGCGUUAAAGCUCAAUUCAAAUAAUAUGCGUGCAUUGUAUGGAGUUUUCUUGACAUCGAACAACAUUGCAACAUCCCAAAAAUGUCCAGCCCCAAAGAAAAAGGAAGCAAAUAAGUUAAUGCAAUGGGCAUUAUCGAAAAUACGUGAAAAGUAUGCUGCAGUUGAUAAGAAAAAUUCAUCAAAUGUGGUUGCAUCACUUGAAAGUAUGAUGGCAUCUGUGCAAAUUAAUUAAUGAAAUUAUAAAUUAAUAA